GCAAUCAGACAGUUCCACCACCACAUAUGGGAAAACAAAAGACAAAAUGAUCGUCACGCUGUUUUAGUCUAGGCUUUUAUCUUUCUUGUCUCUGUCUUUUAAGAAUAAGAAGUGUAUUCGAGUUGUCGUGGUCGUCGUCUCUCCCUCACGAGCACUCAGUCAUGGCGGCCGGAAAGGGUGAGGCGGAUAUAGUGAAGGCGCGGACCGACAAGAGGGAGUACAGAAGGAUCGUCCUCAAGAACUCCCUCGAGGCCCUCCUUAUCAGAGAUCCCGAUACCGACAAGUGUGCUGCUACCAUGGAUGUUGGGGUGGGCUCUUUCAGCGACCCCGAAGGCCUCGAGGGCCUCGCCCAUUUUCUAGAGCAUAUGCUGUUUUAUGCUAGUGAGAAAUACCCAUUGGAAGAUAGUUACUCCAAGUACAUUACAGAGCAUGGUGGCAGAACAAAUGCUUUUACAGCAUCAGAGCACACCAAUUAUCAUUUUGAUGUUAACACUGAUUGUUUUGAAGAGGCUUUGGACAGAUUUGCUCAGUUCUUUAUUAAACCAUUGAUGUCAGCUGAUGCUACCAUGAGGGAAAUCAAAGCUGUUGAUUCUGAAAAUCAGAAAAACUUAUUGUCCGAUGCUUGGAGAAUGAACCAGCUUCAGAAACAUUUAAGUAUGGAGGGUCAUCCAUAUCAUAAAUUCAGCACAGGGAAUUUGGAUACCUUGGAGGUUAGACCAAAAGCAAGAGGAUUGGAUACAAGACUUGAGCUUAUCAAAUUCUACAAAGAAAAUUACUCUGCUAACCUCAUGCAUCUGGUUGUAUAUGCAAAAGAAAAUCUUGAUAAAAUUGAAAACAUGGUUGAGCAGAAGUUCCAGGACAUUCAAAAUGCUGAUAGAAGUUGUUUCCGCUGUCCUGGUCAUCCUUGCACACCAGAACAUUUACAGAUUCUUGUCAGAGCUGUCCCAAUAAAAGAAGGUCAUAAAUUGAGAAUUGUAUGGCCUAUUACUCCAGAGAUUCUCCGUUACAAGGAAGGGCCAUGCAGGUACCUUGGUCAUCUAAUUGGCCAUGAAGGAGAAGGAUCUUUGUUUUACAUAUUGAAAACAUUGGGAUGGGCCACAGGAUUGUCUGCAGGUGAAACAGAUUGGACUUUGGACUUUUCAUUCUUCAAAGUAGUAAUUGAUCUUACUGAGGCUGGUCAUGAGCACAUGCAAGAUAUUAUUGGAUUGCUAUUCAAGUAUAUUCGCCUUUUACAGCAGUCUGGCAUUUGCAAAUGGAUAUUUGAUGAGCUUUCAGCUAUCUGUGAGACAAAAUUCCAUUAUCAAGACAAAACUCCUCCUGCUGAUUAUGUGGUCAAUAUUGCAUCAAAUAUGCAGAUAUAUCCCCCACACGAUUGGCUGGUAGGCUCAUCAUUACCUUCUAUGUUCAAUCCAGGCACGAUUGAGAGGGUACUAGAGGAGCUCUCUAUUGACAAUGUCCGAAUCUUUUGGGAAUCAAAGAAAUUUGAAGGUCAUACAGACAAGGUUGAGCCAUGGUAUGAAACUCCAUAUUCUGUCGAGAAAAUAACCUGCUCCAUGAUUCAGGAAUGGGUGCUUGGUGCUCCUAAUGAAAAUCUGCAUCUACCAGAAGCCAAUGUUUUCAUCCCUACUGACUUGUCACUUAAGAACGCUCAAGAGGUCAAAUUUCCAGUUUUGUUGAGAAAGUCAUCACGUUCAAGAUUAUGGUACAAGCCUGAUACAAGGUUUUCCACUCCCAAGGCAUAUGUUAAGAUGGAUUUUAACUGCCCCCACGCUGGCAACUCCCCCGAAGCAGAAGUUCUAACUGAUAUUUUUACACGGUUAUUAAUGGAUUACUUGAAUGAAUAUGCCUAUGAUGCUCAGGUUGCUGGUUUAUAUUAUGGCAUAAACCACACAGAUUGUGGUUUUCAGGUUACUCUGGUUGGUUACAAUCACAAGCUGAGAGCUCUAUUGGAAACCGUAUUGGAAAAAAUUGCAAGAUUCAAAGUAAAAGCUGACAGGUUUUCUGUGAUAAAGGAAAUGGUGACAAAGGAGUACCAAAAUGUCAAGUUCCAACAGCCCUAUCAGCAGGCUAUGUACUAUUGCGCUCUAAUACUACAGGACCACACCUGGCCUUGGAUGGAAGAACUUGAAGUUCUUCCCCAUCUUGAAGCUGAAGAUCUUGCAAAAUUUGCUCCAGUGAUGCUUUCAAGGGCCUUCCUUGAAUGUUAUAUAGCAGGAAACAUUGAAUCCAGUGAAGCAGAGUCAAUGGUCCAGCAUGUUGAAGACGUUUUCUUUAGUGGUCCGAACCCUAUAUGCCAACCAUUGUUCUCAUCCCAACACGUGACAAAUAGAGUAGUUAAACUUGAAAGGGGAAUGAGUUACUUUUACUCAGCGGAAGGCCUUAAUCCAAAUGAUGAUAAUUCUGCACUUGUCCACUAUAUUCAGGUGCAUCGUGAUGAUUUUCUGCUAAAUGUGAAGCUUCAACUUUUUGCCCUUAUCGCAAAGCAACCAGCCUUCCACCAGCUUAGAUCAGUUGAGCAGCUUGGGUACAUCACUGUGCUCCUGCAGAGGAAUGAUUCCGGCAUCCAUGGUGUACAGUUUAUCAUCCAAUCCACAGUAAAGGGUCCUGGAAAUAUUGAUUUGAGAGUUGAGGCAUUUCUCAAGACAUUUGAGAGUAAAAUUUAUGAGAUGACUGAUGACGAAUUCAAGAAUAAUGUGAAUACAUUGAUUGAUAUGAAGCUUGAGAAGUACAAGAACUUAAGAGAAGAAUCAGGAUUUUACUGGCGAGAAAUUUAUAAUGGGACGCUCAAGUUUGAUAGGAAGGAAUCUGAGGUUGCAGCGUUAAGGAAGUUAACACAAAAGGAAUUGAUAGAUUUUUUCAAUGAUUAUAUUAAAGUUGGUGCACCUCAGAGGAAGUCAUUAAGUGUAGGAGUGUAUGGAAACCUACAUAGUUCGGAGUACACAGCAGAUGCGAGUGAACAGGGGCCCUCCUCAGUGAAGAUAGAUAACAUAUUCAGUUUCAGAAGAUCACAGCCUCUUUAUGGUUCAUUCAGAGGAGUCUCUGGUCAUGUGAAGUUGUAGACGGGUAAUCUUUACCCCAGUUCAGCAAAGAAAUAGCAACUUCUUCUACUGCAUUGAACUUGUAGUGGUGAAACAAUGCUGAACACCGGGAAUGCAAGUAUUACCCAUCUGAACCAUCGAAAAUUGGUGCAUGGGACUUUGAUUAUAGGAGCAGGUUCAUUAAGUCAUUAUCGAGAUUGAAAUGUAUGCCCUGCAUGGCACCAAAAUCAUGAAGUUGUUUUCUGA